GAAAUGACUCACGCUCCCAAAUCCAAAUUCAAAUAUUUAGGUGCAUCUCCCAAAUUGUAAUGUCACAUUCGUCCCCUCCGUGUGUGUAUUAACAAGCACACGGACAGUCGGCUGCGACCGUGGCAUCACGAACCUCCCUUUUGAAAUCAACGGCGGGGAGUCGUUGCAGCGAGCUGCCAUCAGAGCCGUCCGCGAGAUUCAACUUCACUGCCAGUGGCAUAUCCACUGCAGAUAAGCUCGUAGGAGAGACCAUACCCGACGGCACCCGAGAGAGAGAGAGAGAGAGAGAGAGAGAGAGAGAGAGAGAGAGAGAGAGCGGUCUGGGUGUUGCAAUGGCAUCAACAGCAGCGACUCUGUCAUGGAGCUCAUCCUCGUGGCUGCAAAGCUUUGGCAAAAACAUGAACGAACCCACUCCAUUACCAGACAGAGGGUCUAUUACUGUGGCGGUGGUGGCACAGAAGAAAGCCAAGAAGACUCGAAAGAUUAUAUUGAAGGAGGACGUAGCAGAGCUCGGAAAAAUUGGGCAACUAGUUGAUGUGAAGGCUGGGUAUUACAGAAAUUAUCUCUUACCCACGGGAAAGGCUCAGAUUGUCACUCCGCUUCUUCUCAGGGAAAUGCGGAUGGAAGGGGAGAGAAUUGAGGCUGAGAAAAAACGGGUAAAAGAAGAGGCACAACAAUUGGCUUUGGCUUUUGAAACCAUUGGAGCAUUAAAAGUCAAGCGCAAAGGAGGAAAAGGAAAACUAAUUUUUGGAAGUGUUACUUCACAAGAUCUUGUUGACAUAAUCAAGGCACAGCUUCAGAGGGAUGUGGAUAAGAGAAUUGUCUCUCUCCCAGAAAUUCGGGAAACAGGGGAAUACAUUGCGGAGUUGAAGCUUCACCCGGAAGUUACUGCUCGAGUGAGGUUGAGUGUGUACGCCAACUAGAGACAAGAAGCUUCUAGCCUUCUGCUGCUCCACUUUUUGAAAUAAACUUCUUUUCCAGCGGCUUGCACCUCUCAAGGCAGACAUGAACAAAGUAGUAGCAAAUUCUGGUCAACGGAUCUUCAGUUGGUUCAUUGUGAUGUAUAAUGUCAGAUUUAUGCCCAACAGUGUAAUCCCUAUGGCUGUAAUUCUCCAUCACUCAGCUUAUCAGACUUCUUUUCUUUUACUUCUUGUUGCAAUGUAUAUUCAUGUUCUCCCCAAUUAUUUUCCUUAUACUCUCUCCCCAAUUUUAUUUUAUUUUAUUUUCUGACCUUCCAACAAUUGUAUACUUAAUACAAAGUGUCUGGUGUUGGAAAUUUCUCAGAAUAAAUUUCCUUUGAGGCUGUGUUUGGUUGA